CCGUACAAAAAGCAAAGAAAAGACUCGGGUUUGUCUGCUACAACACUUCUCACAUUACUGAAAAUAGAUUCCUCCAGCGAUAUCAGUUCAUGAUUGAUCACGUGGUAUCGGGCUGUGCAGGUACGGCCUGGCCUAGGUGCUUCUGUACUCCGUCGGUUCAUCACCAAAUUACCGCCCACUGCAUUUGGCCCCCAAAAUGAGGUCUCCGUUUGUGUAUGUGCACCGAUCAGCAAGCACUUAACCAAGCCUUGGUCUUCAGCUCGCUGUGAUAAAUAUAACCCAUUUGUCUUUCUCAACUGUCACCAUCGUCAAUCCCCUAUAUAAUCAUCACUCUCACGAUAGCCUCACUUCUCUCUACCUUUCCCGGUGGUUCGUCGUCCGGUCCACUGAUCUUCGUUCAUGGUUCCUCAAUGAGUUGGGCAGAGGUAUGCGACCCUCCUCUUCCCUGUUUUCUUUUGCCAGUGAGACGUCAGUGCAGCCUGAACCUUCAUUCCCAACUCUCUCACACUCCAACCACUCCCACCGCUGCCAUCAGAUUCGGGUCUGAGUGGUGGUGUAUGAGAGUGUGUGAGAGUUGGAGAUUCAGCGACUUGAUGAGAUGAAGCAUUCACGGACCCGCCUAUUGGCGUUUCUGCCAUGCUUGAUUGUCGUGCCCAGUGAAUAGUUCCGAAUAAUGUGGGUGGGCUCACUGACCAUGUCCCAGUCGUUGAGACUCCAUAUCAAGGACCAUGCCUCCCGGACUUCUCGUGCCUACGGGCAAACACUUUCCAAUACACAAACUGAUGGCCAUGUCGACCAUGAUGUCUCCUCAUCACAGUGCUCAUAUCCGUCCUCUCGUCCAAGCCGGAGGAGGUGAUGCCAUAUCAGAUGUUCCCCUCCACCAACUAUUCUUGUCCCACGAUGUGCAGGAACGUUUACGAAGAGUCUACGAUGCAGUGCGGGGCAAGGACAAGAAUCUCUCGCGGGAGAAGUUUGUAGCAUGGCUUGCAGCGGUCCAACAACACGAAAUAAAUUCUUUGGACGAGGAAUAUACUUUUCAACAGUUUCUGGAAACUGUUUACUACAGCUGGGGAUUCGAAGCUUUGACGAAACCCCCAAAGCUGGAGGAUAAAGAUCUCUCACGACCUAUCAGUAAUUACUAUAUCAGUAGCAGUCACAACACAUAUCUCAUGGGAAAUCAGCUAUCCUCCAAAAGCUCCACAGAAGCAUACAGGAAUGUCAGUUUCCCACACAACCUCCAUCAUCUCCCAAUACUGACAGAUGAUCUUCAUAGGUCCUCAUACGCGGAUGCCGAUGUAUAGAAAUCGAUGUCCAUAAUGGCCAACCUCCCGAACCUAAAUCUCCCGAAUCCGAUCGCUCCCAAGUCAGCUCUCCUACCAAAUUAGAACAUAAGCAGCGAAAAUCCACAAGCACAUGGUCUAGUCGGGCCGCUGCUGCACUGGAGAGGGCCAGCGAAAAAUACAAAAACACAAAGAAGAAGCUAAAGAGCGACAAGAAAAAGGCAGAAAAGGAAAAGGAGCCGGGCAAGGAGGAUAGUAGUGCAUCCUCAAGCUCAUCUUUCAGCUCUGAGGAGGAAAAGGAACUCGCAAAGGGUGGAGAAGUAGGUGAAACGGGUCGAGUACCGUCGGGGGACCCAAUCAAGACAUCCAAGAGUAAUGAGAGACCGACUUCUUCAAGGUCCGCAGAUCUGAGAAGUGGCGAACCCUUAGUCCUACAUGGUUGGACUCUUACAGCCCCUGUUGGAUUUCGAGCUGUGUGUAAAUCGAUUCGUGAGACGGCCUUUCUUACAAGCAACCUCCCCAUUAUUGUCAGUCUGGAAGUACACGCAGAUAUGGAGCAGCAGGAACUCAUGGUUGACAUAAUGCUGGAGGAGUGGAAAGGCUUGUUGAUAGAUGAAGCACACGAGACGUGCGAUCCCCGGGAGAGGUUACCACGACUCGAUGAAUUGAUGAACAAGAUCCUCAUCAAGGUGAAGAAAGGGAUUCCAGACAAGCCCGAGGAUGCCGUCAAAGGAAGUUCGACACUCUCACCCGCCAGCACCUACAAAGAGGCUGAUUUGUCUGGUUCGGAUGACGACAAGAGUAUUGCGAAGAGGAAGAAGAUUUGUGAGAAGCUCAGCAAUUUGGGAAUCUAUACACACAGUGAGCAUUUCAGGAGCUUCGAUACUUUCUCGGCCAAGAGCCCACCGCACGUCUUUUCCAUUGGUGAAAGCCAGAUCAUGGAUCUUCACUCCAACAAGGGGUUGGAAAUGUUCCAGCAUAACCGUGACUACUUCAUGCGGGCGUACCCAGCCGGUUUUCGUAUCGACUCAUCCAAUCUCGAUCCGUCCGUAUUCUGGCGAAAAGGAAUUCAGAUGGUAGCAUUGAACUGGCAAAAGCUGGAUGAGGGUAUGAUGCUUAAUGAGGGAAUGUUCGCUGGUGAACACGGUUGGGUGUUGAAGCCUCCGGGAUAUCGCAGCGACCCAACCGAACCAAUUCAAUACAAAACACUGGAUCUGAAUAUCACAGUAUAUGCGGGCCAACACAUUCCUCUUCCAUCCGGAGAGACGGCAAAAGGUCUCCACCCCUAUGUCAAGUGUGAGCUGCACAUCGAGAAGCCCGAGGAUUCGGAUAUCAAAUCAAAAGACAGGGUUAGCCGAGCAAAGGAGGGUGACUACAAGGAGAAGACCGAGUACAGCAAGGGAGAUCAUCCGGACUAUGGACCAGAAGGCCAGAAAAUGACGUUUGAAGGAAUUCCUCAGGUGGUAGAGGAGUUGAGUUUUGUGAGGUAUGUUGUGAGCUUUCGUUAUGUGCGUUGCUUUUUUCCCAUAUCCAAAAAGCGGUAGCCGAUGAGAUUGUCUUUCGGCUUGCUGCGUGGUUACACCACAGCAAUCUCCUACACCGCCUCGAGAGACCCGCAGACCUGGUUCAGAUUCUCGUGGAAACGGGUUCUUUCUUCAACGGAUGUGCUGGCGAAGGCGCCGCUGCGCAACGGGCCGCCGGGCGGGUGAUUGCUGCGAUCAAUGCCGUUGUACUACAUGCUAUCUUACCUCCCCUGACUCGCAUUUUACCAUGCGAGUGUUCUGCAAGAAAGAAAAAUGCACUGUCCUGCAGAGGAAAUCUCCUUAUGCAAUUCUCUUUUCCCAUCACAUGUCCAUCCUGAUAUGCAUCUUCUGUGGUGCUAACCAGAAUGCAGAUUCAAAGUCGAGGAUUCCAAGAUCGCCAAGGACGACCUGGUCGCGUGGGCUUGCAUACGUUUAGAUCGUCUGCAACAAGGAUAUCGAUUUAUUCAUUUGUUCGAUGUGAAAGGGCACGUUACGCCUGGCAUGUUGUUUGUGAAGAUCGAAAAGAAAUUAACGCCCGAGUCUCCGAUGACGGCCCUUCCCGUUGCUUCUCGUACUUCUCCUGCCGCAAAGGAGCUUCCUCCGGCGCAAGUACCUGACAAGGUUGCCAAUAUCGUCGUUCCUGUACCUGCACCAGCUGCUCUUCCUACUCCUCCUGCAGACUCGAGCAAGGUUCAAGAGUCGAAAUCAACAGCGGACCAGGUUCAAGAGUCGACAUCAACAGCGGGCCAGGUUCCGGAGGAAGUCGAACCUAGCAAAGUAGCCGCAGAGUUAAAAGCUGCACAAGCGGCCAACCAGACGGAAACUACAGCCUCUCCUACGUCUAACGGCCAACUUGACGAAAAAUCUACACCAACACAACCGAUCACUUCCAAUGCCCCUGCACUAGCUGUCGACACUCCUCCAACUCCGGAGCCAACGAAGUGAGGACAGAAAAGUGGCCGCAUGGCAUGAGAAAAUCUCGUACAUACAUGCCGGAAAUUGGAAUACUGUCCUCCUGUAAAGGAGAGUGGAAUGAGGGUAGAGGUAGAAUGCAGAGUAUAUUCGGAAAUAUGAAGUUACAGAUUUUCAUUUGUUUGUUCUCUCUUUUUUUUUUCAAGUUUCUGCAGCGGGCAGCGGAUCACGUUUUAUCGAAGGAUACCAGAUACCAGAUACCAUAUCAAAUCAUCAUCUUAACAUUGGGCGGCGUUUUCUUUGUUUUUUUGGUCCCUCUUUUUAAGCGUGUACUUGCACUGGGUGGGUGAGGGAAAAACUUUCUGGGAAGGGUAUUGUCGCUUGGAGUUUUUUAGAUGGGGUGAUGUUGUGGG